UGGAUCAAGGGCGAGAAGGAGUGGUCAAGCACAAAAAAUGUAGUCUUUGCAAACAACCGGGACAUACUCGACCUCGUUGUCCAUCUAGACACAAUAGAUAGCAACUAAUUGGUUUGUACACCAUGGAUCCUGGGCCGGUUAGUGAUGAGGUCUUAUAUGACCAGGCUCAGCAUCGUUCACAUAUUAUAUCCUGUACAGAGAGAGGUCCGAGUAUCGUUAUGGUUGAUCAUAGCCUCAGCCAUAGCCGUUGGCGGUUAGAGGAUGAGCGUAUCAUAGCAGCUGUGGGACGGGCCGGCUUCUUGACUUGUUCAAAGCUUCGUUGGAUAAAGCUCGAUUGGCCCCUACUGAUUGCGUUGAUGGAUAGAUGGAGACCUGAGACCAAUACUUUCCACUUCCGAAUGGGUGAGGCUACCAUUACUCUACAAGAUGUAUCCGUGAUACUCGGUCUCCGUAUAGAUGGUCCGUGCAUUACCGGCACUGAUAGUGAUGUAUGGCCUCGAAGAUGUGAGGAGUUGUUAGGUGUAGCUCCAGAGACUAUGCCUAGAGGAACUAUUAAGUUGAAGUGGUUGAGAGAGACCUUCUCAGUACCGUUGCCUGUUGAUGCCCCACAAAUUUUGGUUGACCAACAUGCACGUGCAUACAUUAUGCACAUGAUUGGUACUAUAUUAUUUCCAGAUUCAAGUAAAGAUAAAGUGCAUGCGAGGUGGUUACCACUCCUCGAGGACUUGGACGUAUGUGGUACAAAAUCGUGGGGUAGUGCUGUUUUGGCGUAUUUAUAUAGAGAGAUGUCAAAAGUGGCACUUAUGCAAAACAGUGAGCUUAAAGGGUGUCUAAGCUUAUUGCAAGUAUGGGCAUGGGAGAGACUUCAUUUGAAGCCAAGACUAUGCACGCAUUUACAAUUAGAUGGACAAAUUCCACUGGGAUGCAGAUGGAAUGUCGAAAAAUGCUAUGACGAGACCCCGGCUAGACAAUUGGAUUUCUACCGGAAUGAGCUUGACCGUAUGAAGAUUUUUCAGAUGGAAUGGGAGCCCUACACCCAAUUUCUACCUCAGCUACCCCCAAUAUGCACAGAAUACCAAGUUGUAUGGAGAGCUAGAGUUCCUCUUAUAUGUUUGGAGAUAGUAGAAAUGCAUGUACCGGACCGCGUGCUUCGACAAUAUGGUCUUGCACAACAUGUUCCGCAGUUUGUUGAAAAGAUAGAGAGGAAGGCAAAGAAAGGAGGCCAACAAAUAAACUGGAUGAUCGUGCAUCAAGCUUUUAUACACAAAUGGAAUGAUAGGCAUUUUUGUAUUGUCAACCAAAUUGAACCAACUCCUCGGGAAUCAGAUUACUACACUUGGUAUUGGGGCAUAACUCGAAGAUGGAUACUUCAUUCGACCACAAUACCGGUUGAGUCGCAAAGAGGAUAUGUGCCCCGGGGUAUAGAUGAGAGAGAAUUAGUAUCAGCAAUAGAUGAAGUUCAAACUCUUGCAAAUCGUGGUUUGGAAUUGGCUCGAGCAGGUAGAAAUCCCGAAACACAUGAACAUGUAUCAAUAUAUCAGGCUAUAAUGCAGAGGCUUCAAAGCCUUACACACCGAACUCACGAAGAUCGUCAUGAUGGACGGGAGGAACGGCUUGAAAUGCAGCCAGAAAGUGCACAAAAGUGUGCACAGCAAGUGCACGGGACUGCUAGUCCCGUGCACUUGCUGUGCACCUGGUGUCGAGUCCUCUCUGCUUAA